GCUCCCACAGAUCAUCGCUCCAUCCUCCGCAUUUCCCGCCUCAUGGCAUCCCGCAUUAAAGCCGCAGAGCGGCUCAGAGGAGGUUGAUGCUGCGGGUCUCGCUGCUCCUCUUCCCCAGCUCUUCCUCAGUCAGACAGACCCGCAGGCUCCCGCAGCGGCGGGGCUGUGGACUUCCACCGUGAUGCGGCCAGCCUCGGCACCGCGCAGACUCGCCGCUGUGCGUGACACUGCGGGGCUCUGAGGAGGAGCCGCGUUUCUCACUGCGGGUCUGACGCCCCUCUGUGAUCCGCAACAGGACUGCGCUGCUCUGAGGAGGACAUGCGGGUCAGCCGCACCUCAGCAUCCCGGGCCUGAGCCCGCACCCCCCGCAAGUGAAGCCCCGCAGCAGCAGCGCCUGAAUGGAAACAUGGACUCCAUCAGUGGAGGCGUUUUGACUCAUCAUGUCCAGGAACUGUGAGCCUGGCCCAUCAGUAGGGAUGCUGGCCGCCGUGGAACAUGGUUCCAUCCUCUGCAGCGACUCCAACAUCCUCUGCCUGUCGUGGAAAGGUCGCGUCCCCAAAAGCCAGAAGGACAAGCCGGUGUGCCGUCGACGCUACUACGAGGAGGGCUGGCUCGCCACCGGGAACGGCAGAGGCGUGGUUGGAGUGACGUUCACGUCCAGUCACUGCCGAAGGGACAGAAGCACGCCUCAGAGGAUCAACUUUAACCUGCGAGGACACAACAGCGAGGUGGUCUUGGUGCGCUGGAACGAGCCCUUUCAGAAGCUGGCCACCUGUGACAUGGAGGGAGGUAUUUUUGUCUGGAUCCAGUACGAAGGACGAUGGUCGGUGGAGCUGGUCAACGACCGAGGAGCUCAGGUGAGCGACUUCACUUGGUCACAUGACGGCACUCAGGCCCUCAUCGCAUACAGAGACGGCUUUGUUUUGGUGGGCUCGGUGAGCGGACAAAGACACUGGUCCUCUGAGAUCAACCUGGAGAGUCAGAUCACCUGUGGCAUCUGGACUCCUGACGACCAGCAGGUGUUGUUUGGGACUGCGGACGGCCAGGUGAUUGUGAUGGACUGUCAUGGAAGAAUGCUGGCUCACGUCCUACUGCACGAGUCUGAUGGGAUCGUGAGCAUGUCGUGGAACUGUCCGGACUUCCUGUUGGAGGACAGCACAGAGAGCGACCCGGAUACUGAAGACCAUGUUCUCCCUCAAGUGCGGAGGGUCAAGCCUUUGCUGACCGUCACCUUCCUGUCAGGAGACAUCAGCUUGAUGAACAACUACGACGACUUGUCUCCCACGAUCAUUCGAUCCGGACUCAAAGAUGUGGAGGCGCAGUGGUGCUCGCAGGGAGACCUCCUGGCUGUGGCCGGCAUGGAGAGACACAGAUCACCUUCGGACUCUGCCUGUGCUUCGAUCACGAGGAAUGCUCUGGUGAAGUUCUACAACGUUCAGGGCGAACACAUCUACACUCUGGAAACACCUGCGCAGAGGCCCAUUACUACCAUCUGCUGGGGCCACCGAGACUCUCGCCUCUUCCUGGCUUGUGGGCCAGCGCUCUACGUGGUCCGCGUGGAGCACCGGGUGGCCAGUCUUCAGCUCCUGUGCCAGCAGGGCAUCGCCAGUGCUCUCCGAGAGGAGAAGGACGUGGGGAAGCUGAACAUGCCCUCCCUGCUGUGCUCCUACGUCACCACAGCUUUUAUCCCCACCAUUAAGCCUCCCAUCCCUGACCCCAACAACAUCCGGGACUUUGUCAGCUACCCCACGGCUGGAAACGAGCGUCUGCACUGCACCAUGAAGCGAGCAGAGGAAAGCCCUGAGGCAGGCGGCCCCUGCUACACGCUGUACCUGGAGUACUUAGGAGGACUCGUACCCAUUCUCAAAGGGCGGCGCAUCAGUAAACUCCGGCCUGAGUUUAUCAUUAUGGAUCCAAAAACUGACGGCAAAGCAGAAGAGGUGUGUGUGAACCCCAUGAUCUCCUACACCGACAGCUGCAACUGCUCCGACUCCAGCGACAUCGACCUGAGCGACGAGUGGGUCGCAAAGAGCUCCCCGAAGUUAUCCAGAGGAAACAGACUGAACAUGGAAUCCAGGAAAUCCCCCAAACUCUCUCGGGCCAAUCAUGAGGGCCAGCGGUCGCCGCGGUUACCCAUCCGGAAGCCUCCAAUCCGAUCGCCGAGUCUGACGCGGAGAGAGUUUGGGUUGGACGGGAUCACCGAGCAUAACUAUCUCGCUCAAGUCACAUCCAACAUUUGGGGAACCAAGUUCAAAAUUGUUGGACUGGCCUCUUUCCUUCCAACCAACCUGGGUGCAGUUAUCUACAAAACCAGCUUGCUCCACCUGCAACCCCGACAGAUGACCAUCUACCUGCCAGAGGUCCGAAAGAUCUCCCAUGACUUCAUGAGCCUGCCUGUGUUCAACCCCAGCGUCUUCAGCGAGGACGAGGAUGAUCUUCCAGUGAUGGGGCCCUCCGGAGUGUCAGGGGACAACCCCACCUGCACAGCCAACAUUCCUAUCGCCCCCAUCCACAGUCCCGCUCAGGCAAUGUCUCCAACCCAGAGUAUCGGCCUUGUUCAGUCUCUUCUAGCCAAUCAGAACAUUCAGCUUGAUGUUCUGACCAAUCCAACGGCCACAACUGCUGCCGCCGUUCCGGUGUCUGAUCACAGCCGGGAUGCCGGUGCAUCCCCGUAUCCGGUACCAACCAGAUACUCAACCACUGGUCAGCAGCAGCACCAACAGAUGCAGCGGCAGCACCAACAGAUGCAGCAGCAGCUGAAGCUGCAGAUGGCGCUGCCUCCUGCCCCCACUGGGUACCCCACCCUUUCCCUGCAGCAGCUUCAUCUGCUGCCUCAGAUCCCUGCGUCUGAACCCAGGCUCAGCAGGGGCGAGCACGGCCAUACGCUGAAACCCGGCCUGCCGCGGAUGUUACCUCCCUCCUUCGGUGACCCUGACGGGUCUGUGGAAACCCAACUGAGGAAGGUGAACCCCCCGCCUCCCUAUCCGGGGACUGUGGGCUCUGCUGCAGCUGCAGCAGCGGUUCCUGCGCCUCCACAAACUCUGGUCACAAACUAUGACAGCCCAAGUGUUCUGCCACCAGAGCCCUGCCUGAAGAAGGACGAGUUUUUGCUCCACCCUGUCACUCUGCAGUAUCCGACGCCUCUUGGGUACGAGAGGAUCACAACCUUUGACAGCAGCGGCAACGUGGAAGAAGUCUGCCGGCCACGGCGGCGCCUCCUUCGCAACCAAAACGCAUAUGCUGUUCACGGAAUAGGGGGCUCGGCCACACUCAAGGUCACGUCCUCUGACAACAAAAAGAUCCAGCUUCCCUACAGCUCAGCUACACUCAGCCGCCUGUCUGUCCCUCGCUAUUCUAUACCAAGUGGAGACCCUCCUCCUUACCCGGAGCCGCCAGGUCAGGUGACGGCGACUCUCCCCCCUCCCCAGAGGAUGGACAGCGGACUCCUUAACGCUACUCUCUGUCGAGAGCGCAGAGACAUGGGACUCAAAGUGCCACCAAUGACGGAAAGCUCCAGAACUCUUCCUACAAAGGCCAAAAUGAACAGUGGACUGUCCCUCUCCUACCAGCAGAGGGCCCCCACCGCCCUGUACACCUGCACCCAAUGCAGCAGCAACAGCAGCAGCACCAGCGUCAGCGUCAGUGGAGGAGGCCCCACCAGCAGCGGCAUAGCAGGGGGCACAGUGGUGAGGCAGGACUUCCCCCCAGGCAAGGGCGCGCACCACAGCACCAUCAUAGUUCACUCCAAGAGCUCCUCCCCCCUGGCGUCUCAGUCGUCCUACAGCCUACUUGGAGCCGUGGACAGCAGCCAGGACAGAACGGUUUACAUCAACUCCGCCUUCACUGAAGACGAGACCCUGAAUUCCCAGUGCCACCUGGAAAAAUCUGUCCGCCAGCUGACACUGGCCGAUGUCAAUCUGACGGCAAAACGGCCCCCGCCCUAUCAGUGGGACACCUCCUCCACCGAGGACUUGUGGCUCACUACGGAGAAGAUGAUGUUGGCUCCUCCCCCGGGUCCUCACAAAGCCCCUCAGCUGCUUAUUGGUCAAGCUCAGCACCUGGAUGUGACCCGGCUCCCUUUUCUCCUCACCACCAAACCUCCGACCAGCAUGAGCGCGGGCGCGCUCACCUUCCCGUCAGGUUACCAGAUCACUCUUUCGCCUUUCCCCCAAAGUCUGGCUCCCAGUGGAGCUCCUCCUCAGUCACUGCAGACCCCGCCCCCUCAAAGUUCCCCAAAUGAAGGGGUGGCUCCGGUCUCUUUUACUCAGCAGGACCCUGCUUUGAUCCUGCCUCCUGGAUACCCAACAAAUCUGCCCGGCUUAGCUUGCUGCCCCCUCCCUCCCCUGUAUCCCGGAGCCGGCUCAUGCGCCAGCAUCAAGCUGCAACCGGUUAGCCUCCAUCCCUGGAACCUGUACCCCUGCCCUCCUCCCAUCCAAGAUCCCCCUGCCCCUCCCCUACCGACCAAAACCCAUCUAGUCUCCGAGAAGGCAAUUCUGUCUCCUCCUCCCCCCACCGCUCCUCCUCCUCCCCCUCUGCCCCCCCCUCCACCGCCUACAGACCUGCCUUCCUCCAAAAGUGCUGUGGAGGAUCUAGCAAAGUCCUCCAACAGUUUUCCGUCGUCCCUGAACGACAGUCCGGUGCAGCAGGAGGCGGAGCGCUUCAACAAGAAGAGCCGGCGGAGGCUGGACAGCCGGGUGGAGGAGGCCAGCAUGUCUGACAGCAGAAACAGAAAGGAAGGCCGGGCACUUUCCGACUUCAACACUCUCAUUUCCAGUCCGAGACUGGGCAGCAGAGAGAAAAAGAAGCCCAAAGGGCAGAGGGAGCAACUCAGCAAAACCAAGAAGAUGAGCAGAACCAACGAGUUCCAGGACAGCUCGGAGAGCGAACCCGAACUGUUCAUCAGUGGAGAUGAGCUGAUGAACCAGAACCAAAGCAGUAAGAAGAGCUGGAAGAGCAAGAGGAGUCAGCGCAUGGCCAGCGAGCUGGAGGAGAUCAAGAGCCGCAAAGCAAACGAGCGAGAGGACCGCAGUUUAGGCAGCCAAGGGUUCCUGUACGUGAUGGCCAACAAGCAGCCUCUGUGGAACGAAGCCACCCAGGUGUACCAGCUGGACUUUGGGGGCCGGGUCACUCAGGAGUCAGCGAAGAACUUUCAGAUAGAGCUGGAUGGUAGGCAGGUGAUGCAGUUUGGCCGGAUAGACGGGAACGCGUACAUCCUGGAUUUCCAGUACCCCUUCUCAGCGGUGCAGGCCUUCGCCGUCGCCUUGGCAAACGUGACGCAGAGGCUGAAGUGACCAUUCUUCCAGUCUGGCUUCAGUCUGGAGACGAACUUGAUUUAAGAAUAAUGUUUCAGGCUUUUUUGAAUGUUCUGCUGGUUCUGGUUUCAUGUCUGUCCCGGAGUUAAUCCGUUUGUGCUUCAGGUAAAUGUUUGUGAUCAAGUCUUUCCUUUGAUUCUACAUUUAUGUUCAUUUUUCCAUCUUUUCUUGCCAACUGAGUUUCCAAAGACAUCCUGCAGUAAUAAAACGUGUCAAGUUCAGAGGAAACACAGACGCUGGUUCCGACUGAAUGCUUUGUCAUUUUUUCUGUGGCUUUUGAAACUGCUGCGUAAUGCAAGGCGGAGUUUUGACCCUGAUACUGCUUUAGUCAUCGCUCAUGUUCAGAACCGUGUUCAUGAAAACCUGCUGAGCGGCUUUGGGAUCCUGCUUCAAGUCCUGGUUUCAGGGGUUGCUAGUUCUGCUGGCUGAUGCUCCUUCUGCAGGUCAGGCUUCAGUAGAGGCGGCAGGACGGCUGCAGGCGAAGGUCCUGCAGCCGGAUGUUUGGUGGACCUGCAGAUGGAUCACACUGUAAUAAAACCUGUUGAUCUGCUGGUU